AUGAUUUCUUUCUUAUUAGCUUUUUCUUAUUCAUAUUCACUUUGCAUAUAUGAAGGUGAUGAAAAACCUUUAUGCGAAGGUGGUGAUGCAGUUGAAUUUUUCGACAUUGGACAGAUUCAAAUUCCAUCAUUUUAUGAUGAAUUACAUUUAUAUAAGACAAAGAGAGGUAUUAAACUAAAUUUGAAUCACUUUGGUCCAAAAGUAUCGAUAUUCUCAAAAGGAUUUGAUAAAUCUUUAGUUAUUUCUUCAAAUUCAAACAUGCCAAAUUUUCCAAUUUUUACAAUCAAUGAUAAAAUUGACAUUACUGUUACAGGAUUACUUCCACAAGACUAUGAUGAGACAUCUGGCCUUUCAAAAUCUCAAAUUAAACCAACAAAAGUUAUUAUCACCGAAGAUACAGUAGUUUCACAAAAAAAUAAGAAUACAUUUGUAUUCAAUGACAAAAAGGAGCAUGAAUUAGAAGCACUUGCUUUGUAUUGCGCGAAUAAUUUAACUUUAUCUGUCAAAUCACAAUUACGUCGUAAAGAAACACCGAUUUCCAUUGAAUCCCAAACAGGUGCGUAUGUCAAAUUUGCAACUCAACUUCCAAUUGAGUCAAUAACCAUUGCGAAAAACUCAUCAAUCGAAAUUACAGACACAAAGGACGUCAAAAAGAAUAUGUUGGCAUUAACAAUGUAUUUUAGUUACAAUGAGCCCUCAUUUUUGAGUGUUCCUGAUGAAAAUAUAUUUGAAUUUCCAAUUGUCCACUUAAACUACGUUGAAGAUCCAGGAUCUCAAGCCUUUAUUCCUAGUUUACCAUUGGUACAAUAUGCAGAUGGCUCUGGACUCUUAAUUCCGAAAGAAACUGAAGUUAAUAUUAUUCGAAACGGCGGAGUUUAUAACAAGCGCAAAAUCAACUACAAUUUCGAAAUUAGCCUUGUCAACAAGGUCUACUACCUUGUUACCAAAUCUCCAAAGUACUGUUUAGGUCCAAAAUGUUCUCAAAUUAUUUCUUUCUCAGAAAUUACAGAGUACGAAAUUCAGAACAAAUUUGACAUAAGAUUUAUUCACGUCGAUAAUCAAAUAACUAUCAACAGUAACCAAAUUGAUGGCGGAUUAUACGCAGAAGGUAAAGGAACUCUCACAAUUCAUUGUUUGGCCGGCCAACUUCCAAAAGUGACAACAGAUAAUUCCAUUGAAAUUAUUUUUACAGGUUCUGUCGCAUAUGACUUGAAGAUGAGUCCACAGAACAUCAAAACGUAUAUAGAUAAGCUUUAUAUUGUCAGUGGCCAGAGCCAAACUGUUUUUGUCGAAGUUUCUGACAAAGAUUUCGUGAAAGUAUCGAAUCUGCAGUUCUCUUUUGGUUUUAGGUUCACUAAUUCUGUUAACAUUGAGAUAUACGGUAACGAAAACGUUGAAAUCGAUGGCUGUAAGGUAAAUACCAUUGAUAACCUCGUAAUUAAGGAUGGUGUCUUCCAAAUCAAGAAUAUUUUCCUCAGGAAUUUGGAUAUUCUCUCUGGAACAACUUGUUUCUUCAAGGAAUCAAUUGAUUUUGAAUCAGAUUCUGUUUUGACUGUUCAAGAGCAUUUGGUUAAGCCUUCUGAGAUCAUUGUGAGCAAUAAUAUCCUCAAGCCACCAAAAAUUGUCUAUUUCAAAUACAAUAGAAAGGAUUAUUACAAAUUGAAUACAGUUCCGAAUUUUGUAAACUAUUCAAUUUCUGUGAUGACUGGUCAGAUCGAAAAUUUUGUAUCUGUCAUUGAUAACCAGACAUUCUAUUGUGAUUACGAGGACAAAUUGCUUGAGAUAUCUGUAGAUGUCAUGAAGAAAUCUGCAAAAUUGAUUUUUAACGAAAUUAAAAACGAUAAUUCUCAGAGAUUUGCGUAUAAAGUGUGCUACAAUCCAAGAGAAUAUGGAAUGAAAUGUCCUCAAGGUUAUAGAAGUGUUGUAACCUUGGCGGAAAUGAGAAUUUUGAGAGAAUUAUACAUAUGUGACCAUGCUUUCAGCGAACAGAAGUAUUUGGGUAAUGAGAUAUUUGUUAACUCACCCAGUAGCAACCUUUGGUUCAGUGUUUUGGCAACUGAUCCCUUCAAAAAGUUUGUUUGCAACAAUGUUUCAUUGUAUGUUUAUGAUAUUCACAGCCAACCUUCAACAAUUAACUUCCUUGUAUCUAAGAAUAACUGUACUGCAAUUGGUUUGUUUAAGGGAAUUGAAAUUCAAAAGAAUUCUAAUUUGACCGUUCGUGGUAAGUUAGAUCUUGCAAAUACUACAUUAAAGAUGCAGCAAGAUGCAUUAUUUAAUGUUGAAUCCCAAGUUUUAUCACUUCCUGAGAAAAUUAUCAUCAAUCACCCGAUUAAAGAGGACAAGCCAUUAAUUAUGGGCGUUUCUGAGGAAUGGUUAAACAUUACCAGCACAACAGAUAGAGCAGAUCUCACUUAUUUCGCUGAUGGAACGAUCAGAAAACCAAGUCCAAUUCCAGAAAAGCCAAAUGAUGAGAGUAAAAAGGAGCUGUAA